AUGUUUCUGAAUCUUCCUACAUUGACCAUUCUUAUUCCACUGGUCUCUUUAGCAGGACUGUUCUACUCCACCUCUGUGGAAGAAAACUCCCCACAUGGCUGCACUAGCACAGUCAGUCUUUGCUUUGACAGUCUGCUACUGCUGAUCACCAUACCAGUGUGUCUGUUCUUCCAUCUUUGGAGUUGGUUGGGUAUUAAACUCUUCUGGCAUAGUUAA